AUGAAUGAUAAUUCAGCCUAUUACUUGUCAUCAGAGACACCCAUAAUGAAUCCACCCUUUCUUCUUUCAUCAAAUCAAGAAGAUCCAUCAUUACUAUCAAUAAAUAAUGUUGGAUAUGGUGGAGUGGGAGAUUUGAAUGAAUCAACAGAUCAUUUACUAGGAUCCAAUGAAGUAGUUGAUAAUCAACAACAACAAUUAAAUCAUGAUGAUUUAAAUAAUGAACAUGAAGUUAUAAUUAAGAAACAACUUCCAUCUAAAACUAAUUCCUUUUCAACUUUUUUAAAUUUAACUAAAACAUUUGCAGGUGCAUCAACUUUUGCUUUACCUUGGAGUUUUAAACAAUCUGGAUUACUGACAGGUGUAUUAAUUGUAUUAUUUCUUGCUAUUUUAAGUAAUUACACAAUGAAAUUAUUGAUUAAAUGUAGAAGAUAUAUACAGUCACAAGAAGAAUAUAAAGAAUCAUCUGAAUAUUGGAAGAUUAGACCAGUAAGAUUACCAAUUUCUCAUAAAAAAGAAUUAAAUGAUGAAGGAAAAUUAAUUAAUUUACCAAUUUAUCCUAAAAAACAUUCACCACCUAAAACUAUUGAUGAAAAUGGUGAAAUUAUUACAACUAUUGAAAAGUCAAUUGAUCCAAAUGAUUAUAUUUAUGAACAAGAUAGAAUUAUAACUUAUAUUGAUAUUGGAUAUGAAGCAAUGGGUAAUUUUGGAAGUAUACUUGUAUAUGUAUUAAUGGUUAUGUGUAAUGUUGGUGUUGGUACAAUUUAUUUAGUUUUAAUGGCUGGUUGUUUAAAUGGAAUGGUUCCAGAAGUUCCAUUAAGAGUUUGGAUGUUAUUUUUCAUUCCACUUUUCAUUGUACUUUCUUGGAUUCGUUCUUACAAAUAUUUAGCACCACUCACAAUGAUUGGAACUAUUGCUUUAUUAUUGGCCCUCGGUUCUGUACUUGUUUAUGGUUUCAUUUAUCAAAGACAUAAUAUGAAAUGGCCAUGGGAAUAUGCUCAUGUUGCUUGGAUUGAACCUUCUACAUUGCCACUUUGUAUUGGUAAUGUAAUGUUCUUGUUUUGUACUCAUACAAUGAUGUUAUCAAUUGAACAAUCAAUGAAAACAAGAAAAAGAUACUAUACUACUCUCAAUUUUUCAUUCAUUUUUGUAGUUAUUGUUAAUUUGACAUUUGGAUUGUUGGUAUUUGAAUUCUUCCCUUAUAAUAUUGAACAAAGUGCAACUGAAAAUCUUCCACAGAAUUCCAUUUUUGUCUAUAUAAUUCAAUCAUGUUUAUGUUUAGAAGUUAUAUUAACAUAUACAGUUGUAUUAAUGCCAGUUGGUGAAUUAUUUGAUGAAAAGAUUUUACAAAAAUUAUUAGAAAAAUUGAAGAGAUUUGUCAAGAAUCAAAAAUUCUCUAAAUUUCUCUAUUUCCUACUGAGUGUAUUAUUUAGAAGUUUAAUUGUUGUUAUAACAGUUGGAUUAGCAGAGGUAUUUGGUGAUAGAUUUGGAGUAGUCAUGUCAUUCAUUGGCGCACUUUCACCAAAUCCAUUAGCUUUUGUUUUACCUCCACUUUUUUAUUUAAUUAUUAUGAGAAAGACAAUUUCAUUACCUACUUUUAUUUUAAAUGCUUUUAUUAUUGUAUUUGGUGUUUUAACAAUGGUAUGGAAUACUUAUUCAAGUAUAAUGUCAAUAAUUAAUGAAAAAUAAAUGAAAAAUAAAUG